GCUGCCCUCUAGAUCUCGGUGUCAGAGGUGUCCGGGCCAUAGCCCCGGGCGCCCAGGUUCCCUGGACUUGGGGCACCGCCCACGUUUCCCCGUGACAUUGCCGCGGGGGCUCGGGAGUUGUAGUCUCGGGCGGGGCGCCGGCACCGGGGCCGGGGCUUCGCGGACUCCACGUCCCGGCGGGCGGUGCGGCGGGCCUGGGGCCGCCAGGGGCGGGGCCGCUCGGCCCUUUAAACCUUUCAGGGCUGCUCCGAGGGCCGCAGCUGGAGACGCGGCCACGAGGGGGCCGAGCAGGGAGCGGCGGCGGCGGGGCGCUCCGGGGAGGCCAGGGCAGCUGAUGAUUGUGGCCGAAAUUAUCUCAAGGUAGCCGGGCCUGCCCCCUGUUCCCAAACUACCUGUUGUCCUUACCCACAAACUACCACCACCCUGGCUCCACUCCCUCAUGACCGCCUGGAUCCUCCUUCCUGUCAGCCUGUCAGCAUUCUCCAUCACGGGCAUAUGGACUGUGUAUGCCAUGGCCGUGAUGAACCGCCACGUGUGCCCAGUGGAGAACUGGUCCUACAAUGAGUCCUGCUCUCCUGACCCUGCUGAACAAGGGGGCCCUAAGACCUGCUGCACCCUUGACGAUGUUCCUCUUAUCAGCAAGUGUGGUACAUAUCCCCCAGAGAGCUGCCUCUUCAGCCUCAUUGGCAACGUGGGUGCUUUUAUGGUGGCCCUGAUCUGCCUCCUUCGCUAUGGGCAGCUUCUGGAGCAGAGCCGGCACUCCUGGAUUAACACCACGGCGCUCAUCACAGGUUGCACCAACGCUGCAGGCCUCGUGGUGGUCGGCAACUUCCAGGUGGACCAUGCCAAGUCUCUGCACUACAUCGGAGCUGGUGUGGCCUUCCCCGCUGGGCUGCUCUUUGUGUGCCUGCAGUGUGUUCUUUUCUACCAUGCGGCCGCCACCCCACUGGACCUGGCCAUGGCCUACCUUCGAAGUGCACUGGCUGUCAUCGCCUUCAUCACCCUGAUCCUUAGUGGAGUCUUCUUCCUCCACGAGAGCUCUCAGCUACAGCACGGCGCUGCCCUGUGCGAAUGGGUGUUUGUCCUCGAUAUCCUCAUUUUCUACGGCACCUUCAGCUAUGAGUUUGGGGCCAUCUCCUCAGACACACUAGUGGCUGCACUGCAGCCUGCCCCUGGCAGGGCCUGUAAGUCCUCAGGGAGCAGCAGCACCUCUACCCACCUCAACUGUGCUCCCGAGAGUAUUGCCAUGAUCUGAGGCCUGGAGGGUGGCUGGCCCAGCCUCCAAAGCACCCGCACCCUCUACCUUCUUCGCAUUUAUUUUGUACCAAAAACAAUUUUUAGAAUACUGUUGGGAUUUAGGCUUCCUCACUCCUGGAGACGUGGCCAUCCAACACCCACCCGUGCCAUAGAGGAGCGGGGCCUUGCCAGCUACUUCAGCGACAUGUUCUGUUCCCCCAUACCAGAGUAGUAUUUUGUGUUAAAGGUCACCUGUCCUCACUUGCCCAGCCAGCCCUUCAGGUGCCUUCUACUCCCAGUGCCAGAGCCAGACCACUGGGCCUUCCUGCUGUAGGAACUGGGGGCUGGGGCAGCAGGGGCCCAAAAGUCUGGAUGAUGGGAGGAGCAUGCCUUAGCCUAAGGGAAGGCCCACCCAGCUGCACUUGGGUUCUUCACUCUGCCCCUCACUUCCUUUAGGGCAAAUAACACAGCAGAACCACACAAGUAUUUUAGUACUUUUUAUAUCUAUUAAAAGAAUUCUAAUUUGCA